UGUACACCAAUCACUGACUAGCCAUAACGGACCAGGUUUCCUGUGCAACGAGAUCCGUUUCUUAAGGCACAAGACGGGGCUAGCUAACAAGUAAUUAUGGUAUAAAAUGUGUUUUAAUGCCUUGAAAUCCAGGAUAAAACAGAAAAUUAUGCUUAAUGAACACGAAACAACUUCCUCAGCUUGGAUCCUGCUCCGAUAUGGGGCUCACUGUCAAACACUGUAUAACGUUUCGCUGAAAACAGAACAUAUUGGGCGAUUACACUGUGGAAGAUACAAUAGAGCUGAGCAUUACUUAUUUUCAGGACAAAUAUAUGCACAAGAUAAGUAAAAGUAUUAUGAACAGACUGUGAGGUCGGUAACAGACACUGUCUUGAAAUUCAAAAUGGGAGAUAAAAAGUCCCUGAAAGUGAAAUAUCUUUCAAUAUGCUUAAUGUUGACCAUGAUAUUAUCAAAAUGUCACACAAUUCAACAAUUGAUGGAUCAUUCCAGACAUCGUCGACAAUCAUCUCAAGAUAUACAAGUGGGUUACCUAGCGACAGCAACCAAUUCAAUAUCAAGAUCCGCUCGAACGGCUGGCGGCGCAAUGACACUAGCUGUGAAUCAAAUAAAUAAUGAUAGAACAUUGCUCGGAAAUUACAAAUUAAAGUUUGUUUACAGCGAUAUACAAGGCGACGAGGAUAAAUCAAUAGCUGCGUUGUCGGAAAUGUGGAAGGAUGGCGUGAGCGCAUUUUUUGGACCGGAUAUUACGUGCACUACAGAAGCACGUAUGGCAGCAGCGUGGAACUUGCCUAUGAUUUCAUACCAAUGCGCAGAGUACGAAGUGAGCGACAAGGAAACAUACAAAACGUUCGCGAGGACAAAUCCCCCGGAUACACAGUUUGCUCGAUCCGUCUUGGCAUUAUUGAAGCAUUUUGAUUGGUAUAAAGUGACUAUCGUUGCCGCUGAUGAAUCUCGUAGAAUCAGCGUGAAAGAAAAUCUGCAAAAGACGUUACAAAACAAUAACAUUACCAUUCAAUUUAACGUAACUUUCCCGUCACCAUAUUUCCGUGAAUACAGUGAUGUGACACCAUUAAAAGACAUUGUAGAAGAAACGUACAAGGAAACAAGAGUUUAUAUAUUCCUUGGAGAGAAAUUCGAGCUAUUUCACUUCAUGGAAGAACUGGAGGAAAAGAAAUUAUUAGACAAUGGAGAGUAUGUCGUGGUUAGUGUUCAGCUGGACCCUUACACGGAGGACUCAAACGAAACGUUGUUGAUGGAUCCGUAUAAAUUGAUGAAGUCUUCAAAACAGGAGUUUUAUCUUCAUUCAAUAUUGAUGUUGUACCAAACUCCGCCUACAAACCCUGAUUACGCUCGUUUCCAGGAUGCUGUGAUCUAUUACCUUGAAAAAGAACCAUUUAAUUUCAAUUUCACAAACAUCGAUCGUGCGAGCGAAGAUGCCCUCGGCAAACCUAGAGUAAUGGUUACCGAAGAAGCUGCUAAUUUAUUUGACGCAGUAAUUCAAUACGCAAAAGCUCUAAAUCAGACGUUAGCGGAGGGUGGAUCAAUUAACAAUGGAACAGCUAUAAUAAAGAAGUUAUUCAGACAAUCUUAUAUUGGUGUAGCAGGAUACAAACGUUAUAUUGACGAAAACGGAGAUGCAGACGUAAACGUGACGGUAAUGGCGCUCCAAAACACCACAUCAGGUUACGCAGUUCUUCCGGUCGCCAUGUUCCAAGAAUCGAAUGGUAAACCAGUAUAUACGGCAAAAGAAGGUACAAGUAUUCUUUGGAUCGCCGGUAAUGCCCCGGUAGAUGAGCCGGCAUGUGGUUUCUAUGGGGAAUUCUGCAUCAAAGAUAUGUCAUCAAGUGUUCGAUUACAAAUCAUUGAAGGAAUCUUGUGUGGCCUCACGUUGAUAUCUAUAGUUGUGAUUUGUUUUAUUUACAGAAAUUGGCGAUAUGAGCAAGAGUUAGCAAGCCUGUUAUGGAAGAUAGAUUUCAAUGAAAUUAGUUUUGGAACCUCAACUUGGCCAAACCACGCCCUCUCCAGUAGCAAGCUAAGUGUAAUUUCACAUGACAGUUGUGGAACGGAACAUACUGCGGCAGACGAUAUAUUGCGUAUGAACCAGAAUUAUAUAACUGCCGGGUUGUAUCGAGGCACAACGGUGUCCCUGCGCCCUGUUAACAAAAAAGCGAUUGACGUCACGAGAACAGUUAGAAAAGAACUCAAAGUUAUCCGCGACUUACGCCAUCCUAACGUCACAGCGUUUAUUGGCGCCUGUAUCGAACCGAGUAACACGUACAUUGUCACGGAGUAUUGCGGCAAAGGAAGUCUACAAGAUAUACUGGCGAAUGACGACAUUAAAUUGGAUGACAUGUUUAAAGCAUCGCUGAUUGCAGAUAUUGUCAAGGGCAUGUCAUACCUUCACGUUAGUGAAAUUAAGUCGCAUGGAAAUUUGAAAUCGUCAAACUGUGUGGUGGACAGUCGUUGGAUUCUCAAAAUUACAGAUUUUGGUCUACAUAAUUUUAAGGCUGGUGAAAAGAAAGAAGAUUACGGUGAACAUGCGCAGUAUGAAGAUCUUCUCUGGAAAGCUCCAGAGCUGCUUCGCAAGCCUCAUGCCCCGGCUGAGGGCACGCAGAAAGGCGAUGUGUAUUCGUUUGGUAUUCUGCUCUAUGACGUCAUACUUAGGAAUGGCCCGUUUGGUGACUGCAGGUUCAGUCCACCCGAAAUAAUUCAAAAAGUAGAAUUUCCACUUGAUCACACAAAUCCAUUUCGACCAAACAUUAUGGUUAUUGGAGAAUGUCCGGAGUGCAUCUUAAAGACAAUGCAAGAAUGUUGGCAUGAAGAUCCUGAGAAAAGACCAGACUUCAAAACCAUCAAGACCAAACUACGCCCUCUCCAAAAAGGCAUUCCUCUUUUCACAGAUGAAGACAAACGUAAUACGGUCAAACGGAAACCUACAAUACUGGAUAACAUGAUCUCCAUCAUGGAAAAAUAUGCCAACAAUCUUGAGGAGAUUGUUGACGAACGAACUCAACAACUUGUUGACGAAAAAAAGAAGACGGAAAACCUGCUUCACCAGAUGCUCCCGAGACCCGUUGCAAACCAACUCAAACGUGGCUACAACGUAAUCCCCGAAGCGUUCGAUUGUGUGACCGUUUUCUUUAGUGAUAUUGUAGGCUUUACAUCACUGUCGUCUGAAAGCAGCCCGAUGCAGAUUGUCGACAUGUUAAACGAUUUAUACACUUCAUUUGACGAAAUAAUUGGCUUUUAUGACGUCUACAAAGUUGAAACUAUUGGAGAUGCUUACAUGUUAGUGUCCGGGUUACCACUUUACAACGGCGACAGGCAUGCUUCUGAAAUUGCAUCUACUUCCCUGCAUCUCUUAAACGCCGUCAACGAAUUCAAAAUACCACACAGGCCUAACGAGACUUUGAAGCUUAGAAUCGGCAUUCACUCAGGCCCAGUAGUUGCAGGAGUAGUGGGUCGGACUAUGCCGCGAUAUUGCCUAUUUGGUGAUACGGUGAACACGGCUUCCAGGAUGGAGUCUAAUGGAAUGCCGUUAAAAAUCCAUUGCAGUUUAGAGACCAAGAAUAUUUUAGAAAGAAUUGGAGGUUAUGGAUUUUCUGAAAGAGGAUUCGUUUCGAUGAAAGGCAAGGGUGAUGUUCAGACAUAUUGGUUAGUUAGUCAAGAACCCAGUCUGAUGCGCACCGAGAAGCCACCCAAACGGGAAGAAGACGGCGUAUCGCUACUACCGGUUACAACUCUUACGCAAUUAAGAAAGAAAUCGUCGUCAGUGGAUGUUCUCGAUAAAGAGCUGGUAGCUAAAUUGGCCAAACACCAGGUUUCUUCAGAGGAUGCUACUGUCAGGUUCCAUACAUCAAAUAGACUGAAAAUUGCAAUUAAUAAGAGAGCCUAUGUUAGAACGCCAUUAACUGUAAACUCUUCAAAACCGCUUGACAAUCCGUCUAAAGUUUCGACUCUCAAGAAUAAGGAAAGUUUGCCAGGGAAAAUGAUUGACAUUGUUUGCCAUGACCCACCGAAAAAAACAAGAUCGGGAAAAAUGAUUACGUUAACAAAACACAGAUCUAGUGAACACCUUACGAAUCCCUACAGGGAAGCUAAAAAAGAAAUUACAUUUGCAAAUAUUGGAUCCUACACAACGGGAGGCCGACAAGAGUGUAGCACGUUUGUUACUGCCUCUGGAAAGAGAGGAAGCGCGAGUGACAUGGAGAGUCAUAGCUCUGCUAGCGGGUACGAAAUACCCCUCGUGCACAAAGUCAGUACCGCUGAUUAUAAUAUGUGUCCCUGCGAAUUUAAAGAAUCGGAUCCCGACCUCGAUAGUGUUUAAUCAAUAGAAUCAAUGAAUAUUUUAGUAAGUCAAGCCAAACAGAUGAUCAAACAAUCAGUUAAUCAAUCUUUUUAUGUGCCUGAAAAGUUGUAGAAAGACAAAUCAGCAGUGAGACAAAUAAAAUCGUUUCCCUUCAUAUUCCUGUGUACUCUGUAAGACCGCACCACAGUUUGUGAAUGCUACCAAAACAAAUGUGUAGUGUCAACAAAAAUCAAUAAAUGUCACCCUGAACAUCAAGGUCUAUUUUGUAGGUCUACUGCUUAACUAAAUAUGAUGGAAAACAACUAAAUAACGUACCUGUUGCCUUGAGUUGAGGUCUUCGUGUUUGCUAUUCCACCACCACCACUCGUCGGAUGUAUCGCGCAAUUAAAAUGUCAAGGUGGUGGUCCCAAAUAUGUGUCAAAUCUGAAACAGUGGCGGAUCCAGCAGUGAGCCAUGAGGGCCCGUGCCCCCCCCCCCCGUAAAUCAAGCCAAAAAAUUUUUU